ACAAGCUCAGAGACAGAGGCUGACAUCCAUGUGAAGCGAUCAUAACGUGUACACGAAAAUGGAGAUAGAUAAGCAUAGAUACUGUACAGAACAGAGAAUGGGAGACGGAGAGAGAUUCCCCAGGUCAGCACUGCAGAUUGACCUGGACUGUUUCUUUGUGUCUGAGGAGUUUGGAUUCAUCCUGGAGCAGCCAGCAACAGACCUUCCAGAUUACUACCGGGUAUGGAUGGGCUUGGCCAGCAACCUCACAUCCCUCAUCCAAACACAUCAGCUGCGAGACCUGGUCAACGAGAUGCCUGUGCUGAGUCCCCAUCACCUGAAGGGCCAUCGGGAGCUGAGGCUGGCUCACCUGGCCCUGGGCUUCAUCACCAUGGGGUAUGUCUGGCAGGAGGGGCAACACCUGCCGGCCCAGACUCUCCCCAAAUCCCUGGCUCUGCCCUACUGGCUGGUCUCCAAGAGACUCGGCCUGCCACCCAUCCUGACGUACGCAGACUCUGUUCUGGCUAACUGGAGACUCAGGGACCUUACAGGGGACAUCGAAAUUGGGAACUUGGAUACACUGUUCUCUUUUCCUGGGGGAGAAAGCUGUAAAGGGUUCUUCCUGGUCUCUCUCUUGGUGGAGAGGGCUGCUAGCUCAGGGAUACAGGGGGCGUUUUCAGUGAUGAAUUCUGUGGUAACCUGUGACAUCAUCAGCAUACAGAAGGGCCUCUACAAAGUGGGCCAGUCUCUGAGGAAGAUGAAGGAAAUAUUUGAGCUCAUGCACAGGCACGUGGACCCCACUGCAUUCCAUGGAACUCUGAGAAUCUUCUUCUCAGGAUGGAGAGAUAACCCCAUGCUUCCAGGAGGGCUGCUGUAUGAGGGUGUGGGGGAGGAGCCGAUGAUGCUGUCAGGAGGAAGUGCUGCACAGAGUUCCUCCAUUCAGUGCUUUGAUGCGCUACUGGGAAUCUGUCAUGAUGUCCAUGCAGCAUCUUUCCUGAAGCGCAUGCGGGAGUACAUGCUCCCCUCCCACCGCCAGCUGAUAGAGACUCUGUCUGUUUGUCCCCCUCUACGUGACUUUAUCCUCUCCUGCUCCAGCCCCUCUCUCUGCAUCAAUUAUGACUCAUGUGUGUCUGCCCUGGUGAACCUGCGGAGUUACCACCUCUCCGCUGUGACCCGAUACAUCACUGUACCUGGUUACCGGGCCCGUGCCAUGGGCUGUCCACUCAACGGCGUCGGCUCAGCGUUGGAUGAAACCGGCACCGGAGGCUCCAGCCCACUGCCUUUCCUAAAGAGCAUCCGUGAUGCCACACAGAGAGCACUGAUCUCACAGACACGACUCACAUCACAGAGUCAACGCUGAUAUGGAUCACUAUCUUUUGGUUAAUUAUAGAGUAUAUAUUCCAUCAACAUUGUGUUGUAUCAAACUGUCGCUGCCCUGCAAUUCACAUAGUACACCAUAGAAUAAUUUCAGCACACCUUUCAUAAUUAUAUUGGUUGUAUAUACAGUAUAUAUCAUUAUGCUUGACUAUAACAUUUGUGAUUUCUAAACUUCAGUUUUCUUGCUGUGGCAAACACUACAUAAUUCUUGUAAAUAUUACUCAAACUAGUUGAAAAUCGGGUUCUGGCGAGGGCCGGCCCACUUCCGACUCUGCCUUGGGCGUUUGAGUAUGAUGAUCUAUUUUACUAGGAAUAACCAAGCGAACGAAAUAGAGCAGGGAUGUCAAACUCAUUCCAUGGAGGGCCGAGUGUCUGCAGGUUUUUGGUUUUUCCUUUCAAUUAAGACCUAGA